GGACACGUAAGCAAGCCCCGCCCUAGGUGAGAGCCCGUGCACAGUCAGCAGGGAAACCCCGCAGCAUGGCUGUGUGUCAGUUUCGGUGGGACCCGCGUUCGAUGCCGGUGAGGAGGGGGAUGGGCGCCAUCACAGCCUGUAUCACAUAUAGCAGCAAAUACCCAUUAUAAACAGGGACUGUAAAUAUACAACACACGCAAAUAAAUGGAUUAUUUCAUCUGGGAUCUAUCAUAGACACUCAAUGGAUGCAGUGCACCUGAAAAGAACGGGGAAUUUAACUCUACUCGUGUGCAUGGGAGACACAGAGAAGUUUGUUUCCUACCCCUGGAGAGAGAGCUACUUUUAAGGGCAAAGGAUACAGGAGACUCCGAGGCCGGUGCUCGGGCCUACUGGUCUCCUCACAGUUUAUGUUUGGAUACUAACAUACCGAGGACUUCUGGCCAGACUUGGAUUUAUCACGUUUGUACAACUUUGGAAUGCCUCUUUAGAUCCCCCAUGACCGUGAGCCGUGGUCUACGGCUCGGAGGCGCCCCACCUCUGGAGUGCUGUGUUCCUGCAGCUGGGACCCUGUGAUUCCUCCUCGUGCGCCGCCUCCUCCCCCGUCCCAUCCUGUCCCCUCCCUCCUCCCCCUCCUCCCCCUCCUCCCCCUCUUCCCCCCCCUCCCACGCGUCGCUGUGCUGGACGUCAUGAGCAUAGUAAUCGCGCUGGGAGUCACCACACCUGAAACGUCUUACUCAGAUAUGGCUGCUGGAUCAGACCCUGAGUCAGUUGAAGCGAGUCCUGCAGUGAAUGAGAAAAACUACAACAGCCACAGCUGUGGGAGUGCCCAGGGUCAUGGGUAUCGGGGACUGCCUUAUGCUGAUCACAACUAUGGCGCGCCCCCUCCCCCCACCCCACCCGCCUCCCCGCUCUCCCAAACCAUCAUUACCCACAUGGAUCUCAACGGCGUGGUGCGCAGCUCGCGCUACCACCAAGCCACAGAAGACAACUCCGCCGACAGCGACAGCUCCUCCGAGGAGGACGGAGCUGUGGCCGCCUGGUGUCACUGCAGCCUGACGCCCAACGGCCUGCUCAUCAAGUGCGAGAACUGCAGGGGCCUGGACCGGCGGAAAGGAGCAGACGGCCAGCAUAGGAAGCCAGAGAAUGUCUCAGCCGGAGAAAGCAGCGCGACCGAGAGCGGAGACGAAGAGGUGUCGCCGUCCACCAUCUCCUACACCGCCACCCAGCACACCCCCACCAGCAUCAAGCUCACCGUCAACCGGGUGAAGAGGAACAAGUCCAAAAAGAGGAAGAAGAGCACAGAGAAGGCCCGCGGAACGCCCAAGGGCAAGAAAGUGAAGGCUUUCAGAGAAGGUUCCAGGAAGUCCAUGAGGAUGAAGAACUCCACCACGGAGGCCAGCGUGCUGGACGAGAACACGGUGGAGGGCUGGGAGAGCCGGAUCCGCCAGUGGACCGACCAGUACGAGGAGGCGCCGGCCAACCAGUACAGCGCCGACGUCCAGACGCUGCUGCAGCUCCACCGCGCCGGCGGCUCCGUCAAGGCCGAGGGCGGGAGCGGCGACCCCUCCGCCGCGCAGGUCCCGGCCUCGGCCGAUACCAUGGACACCAUCAACCGCACCGAGCUGGCCUGCAACAACACGGUGCUGGGCUCGCAGAUGCAGCUUCAGCUGGGCAGAGUAACACGGGUGCAGAAACAUCGGAAAAUCCUCAGAGCGGCGAAGACCCUGGAGCCAGACACGCUCAUCAUCGAAUACCGGGGCAAAGUCAUGCUCAAGCAGCAGUUCGAAGUCAACGGGCACUUCUUCAAAAAACCUUACCCUUUUGUGCUCUUCUACUCCAAAUUUAAUGACGUGGAGAUGUGUGUGGAUGCGCGGACCUUCGGGAACGACGCUCGCUUCAUCAGGAGGUCCUGCACGCCCAACGCCGAGGUGCGGCACAUGAUCGCAGAGGGCAUGAUCCACCUGUGCAUCUACGCCAUCGCUCAGAUCACCAAGGAUGCUGAAGUCACCAUUGGAUUUGACUACGAGUUCAAUAGCUGUAACUACAAAGUGGACUGUGCCUGCCACAAGGGGAACCAGAACUGCCCCGUGCAGAAGCAUAACCUCAGCCCCAGGGAGAGCCCGCUGAGCCCGCCCUCCCUGGUGCCCCCCUCCCCUCUGAUUGGUGCUGAGACCCGGCGGAGGAAAGCCCGGAGGAGAGAGCUGGAGGGGAGCGUGGGCGGAGACAGCAGCCAGAGCCUGGACCAGCAGCCAGAGGCCAAAGACCAGCAGGGGACCAGUGACACGGAGGAGACGCUGCUGGAUGAAGUGAAGGUGGAGGACGUGGAGGAAGGAGAGGUGGAUGAAAACGGAGUCGUUCUCUCCAGUAAAAGAACUUUCAGCAGCCUGGAGAGGCGGAGGAGGAGAGUAGGAGGAGCAGAGGUGAAGGACGAAGGUGUAGAGGUUGAGGAUGGGGCAGGAAACCCCAGAGGAAGCACCGCCUUGCCCCUCACCACCGGAGUGGGGGUCAGUACGCGGCGGACCACCUACGUCACGGAAGCCACGGCCAGUGAGGAGAAGCCCUCAGUCCCCAGCCUCCCCGCCCCGCCGCCCCCCCCGAAACCCGCCAGGCCCACCAAGCCCCGGCCCAAAAGCCGCAUGUCCCGCUACCGGUCCAGCUCCUCCCAGCGUGCUCGGCGGCAGCGCCAGGCCCUGGCCCAGCAGGCGGCGGCGGCAGCGGCCGCGGCGGCCGCGGCCCUGGCGGCAGCUCCGACGCUCGGCGAUCAGGGCGUGGCACAGGAGGAGGAGGGCUCCCAGGGCCCGUACGGUGCCGAACACGGCCACGGCGAGAGCGGACUGGGAGGACAUCUGCUGGACGGAGACGGUCAGGGUCUGAACUGCAUCAGCAAGGGCGGCCUGCGCUACCCCAAGACCAAAAAGUACCUGGUGACGGAGUGGCUGAACGACAAGAUCCCCGGAGGGGACAAGGUCUACCAAGAGGCGCCCGUGGAGCGGACCCUCAGGAUCACCACGGACCCCACGGUGCUGGCCACCACCCUCAACAUGCUGCCCGGCCUGUCCCACUCCUCGCUCAUCUGCACCGCGCCCCGACACUACGUCCGCUUCGGCUCGCCCUUCAACCCGGAGCGGCGCCGGCCCCGCCCACUGCAGAUGGACGGCACUUACGGCUGCUACAAGAAGAGGUGGAUCAAACAGGUGGAGGAUGAGAGCUGCUCGGCCAGCGUGGAGGACAGUACCGAGUCCACGUCCUCUCAGCAGAGCACCAGCAGCAGAUCCACCCCCAGCCUGCUGCCCAGUGAACUCGCAGCACCGUACAAGAAGCGGCGCUCCAAGUAUCAGGCAGAGACGACCCCGGCGUCGUCGGACCACCUGCUUCGCCCGCUGUCGCCCAUCACGCCCCCGCUCCCGGAGGACUCGCUCCACCCGCUGCUCCACACCGCCUGCGGCUCCCUGCUGCCCAACGGCCUGACCUACUCCCCCAUGCCGUCGCUGCCCGCCAGCCGCUGCAACACGCCGCUGCAGUUUGAGAACAUCUCCUCCCCGGAAGCGUCCCCGGUUCACCGAGCCGAGUCCAUCUCUCCAGAGCCGUGCGCUCAGAGCGACGUGGACUGCUCUCGGCCUCAGUUCCCGGACCUGUCGCUGCCCUCCAGCCUGGAGAGUCCUCUGGCCGUCGCCUCGGAUGACUUCUCUUUCCCCGGCGCUGCUUCGGGCCAAGAUUCCCAAGGCCCUUCAUCCAUAGGGACCAAUCCUGUAAACCCUUGUUCGGACCUCAACCCCCCCAGCAGGGAGCAGGCCUUCAGGACAGAGUUCAACCUCAUUUACACCUGCUCGCCCCUCAAUGCGAACCUGGGGAACGCCGUGGCGGCCGACCGGCGCGCGUCGCAGUCGGAAGGGGGCUACUCCCCCGCCGAGUCCUUCCACAGCUCGGUCAGCGGCCAGGGGCUGCUGGGAGACGCGGGCCCCGGCUCCAUGUCGCCAUACGGGGAGCCUCAUUACGGAGGGGGCUACCCAGACAGCGGCACGCCUCCGCACACCAGCAACCCACCACAGAAGAAGAAGAGGGCCAACCAGCAUACCAUUAGUCUGCUGACAGGAAAGCCAGAUUACCAGGCUAUAGCUGUAAGAAGCGAAUACAAGCCAGUACAAAAUAUGGUGUCUCUGCUGGAGUACCGGAAGAGGAAGCAGAGCAGCAGCCGGGACCCGGAGCCGGCCGGCGGCGGCGCGUCCACCCAGUCCGGCUGCGGCUACAGCAAGGACUCCCCCCACCCCCACCCCCACCCCCACCCUCACAUGCAGCCCCCCGCCUCCCCGCACGGCUCCUUCUCCUCCUCCACGCCGCACAGCGCCUCCGCCCCGCAGAUGGAGGAGGUCAGCCCUCCGGAGCAGGCGGCCCCGCCCCCCCAGUCCAGGCACCAGGACAGCAACAACCAGUGGAUGGUUCCCACCACUGUGGAGCGCCUGAGGGAGGGCCAGGGCGUCCUGGAGCGGGUCCUGAGGAGCAUCAAGAUGGAGCGCAUGUACCAGAGGGGCGACGGCUCCACCGACAAGGACCCAGACGCAGACCGCCUCGACAUGGCUUCUCCCAUGAAGAGUCCUCACAGCUACAGCCCCUCGCUGUACCCCCACCAGUCCUCAGAAGGCCCCCGGCAGACCGACAGCCCGUCGUUCCUGCAGCAGGCCUCCACCUCUCCAUUCCGGGGUUCCUACAGUCCCUCCUCGGGCCACGCCUACUACCCCCGCCUGUCCUCCCACCCGGGCCUGGCCCAGGACCACCCCCACUCCGCCUACCCCAGCCCCACCCCGUCGGCGUCCUCAGACUCCCGGCCGGCGGGGGGCGCUUCACACCAGCAGAGCGGCGGCGGCGCCGUGGACGGAGGCCCCGCCCACUGCGGCAGCCACUUGAAAGCGGGCCUUUUGAACAGCGUUCCGGCGGGGGCCCCGCCCCCGGCCCCCAGGGCGCCCGGGCAGACUAAGACGGAGCCGGGUCUCCAGGGGCCCCGGGCGGGGAGGGGGGGCAGCCCGGGGCAGGCGGUGCUGCAGGCCGGCCCCCGGCUCGCCGCCUCACACUACCCCCAGAGGGGGGCGGGGCUGGGCCAGUUCCAGCACCCCCCCCUGCAGGGGCCCGGGGUCAGGACACAGUCAGGAAGCUUCUAGGACCUGUCCUCCUCCGAGGAGGGGGGGGGACUCGUGUACAGAACCAGGAGAAGAAAGGACUUCUUCACUCAAGGCUUUUUCUUUCUUUAUGUUCUGAAGAAACCAGUAGAGGGCGCUCCGCUCAGCCCAGACCACUGACUGACACCCCAACCAGUCCAGACGGGCAGGACGCUCCUGUCAGCUCCCACCACACACACACACACACACACACACACACACACACACACGUUCAAACUGUGAAUGUGACAGAAAGUGGGUUUUUUGGUUUCUCCUCAAGCAGCACUCGACCUUGACCUUGGGUUUGGGUGUGUGUGUCGGAGUGCUGUAGUGCAGUUUGGUGUGUGUGUGUGUGUGUGUGUGUGUGUGUGUGUGUGUGUGUGUGUGUGUGUGUGUGUGUGUGUGUGUGUGUGUGUGUGUGUGUGUGUGUGUGUGUGUGUGUGUGUGUGUGUGGGUGGGUUAGUGUCCUGAGAUCCCCAGCCUCACGUCUCCUCCAGCUUCUCUUCCACUUGUUGUCUCAUCAGGACAACUCCACUGUCUGAUGAUUCAUGGUGCUGCCUCUUCCUCCUCCUCCUCCUCCUCUUCCUCCUCCUCUUACUCCUCUUCCUCUUCCUCCUCCUCCUCCCCCUCCUCCUCCUCUUCCUCCUCUUCCUCUUCCUCCUCUUCCUCUUCCUCCUCCU